AUGAAGCUGAAAGUAGUAUGCGGUUGUCUAUUCACAGCGUGGGACAAAACCAUGGGGAACUCGUCAAAUAUGACAGUGAAACGACACCUAGCCAAGUUUUGUUUUUUUUCUGUCUUAUAA